CUUCUUCAAUUACUCGCCCUCCUGAGCAGGAUGCUGAGGGCCGGUACUGCCCUUCAGUCAAUGGAGCUCAAAGUGGAUACGCUCCAUCCGUCAGCGUGGCCGGGAGUGGAUGUUCAGAUACCUCCAAUCAAAUUUUCGUUUCGGCCAGCGCAACAGCCGAAGCCCGGCCAACACCUGUUAUCGCGUCCCCCUUCGCUCCUUCCUCGCUAAAUGUUUUCCUUGUGUACCAUGUUUGCGAGCAGACCUCUAUGAUGACGAAGAAGUGGCCUCGGUAUCUCCUUCCGACCCAAUCUGGUCGCACCCCAUGUUCGGCAAACGACCGCUAGACACUAUAUCAGUAAUCAUUCUGUUAGAUGAUCUUGAGUCAAUAAAGCUGGAAGAUAUCAAUGAUCCUUGGGCAUCUUUCAAAGAACUGGAAGCUUUGAAAAGAAACGAGGAAGAUUUCAAAGAAAGAAUGAAGGCAAAAACCCAAGCCGCAAUUGAACGUGCCCGCCAAAAAGACGAAGCGCUCCAUGCUCGACUUCAUUCGAAAAUGCCGAAACGUGUCUCUACGCCAGAGGAGACAAGAGUACAACCCUUUGCUUCGGGUACAACAGUCUAUAUAUUGUAGCCUCAAAAUACAAGUUAGAUACCACCUGAUCGAAAUGGACCUUGGAGGAUUCUGAGCUACUGUACAGUAAUCACGAUAAAUUCGAAACAGGUAUCGACGGG